AAGGUGAAAGCCCACCCUGUUUUGGAGAAACACUCUCACUUGGUAAAAGCAUUUGAUUUCUAACAAUAAACCCUAAACCAACCCAAAAAACGAAACACAAGCGCAUCGACUAUGGAUGACGCGGAGGGAGGUCUCAGCUUCGAUUUCGAGGGCGGUCUCGAUGCCGGUCCCCCCGCCCCCACUGCCUCCAUGCCUGUUGUCAAUUCCGAUCCUUCUGCCGCCAACAAUACCAACAAUUUUACCGCCCCUGGUGGUGUCCAGGCUUCGAUAAAUGAUCCCGUCGCAAAUCAAGGUGGUGGAGCUGGCCGAAGGAGCUUCCGUCAGACCGUGUGCCGGCAUUGGCUCCGCAGUCUCUGCAUGAAGGGUGAUGCCUGUGGUUUCCUUCACCAGUACGACAAGUCCCGCAUGCCCGUCUGCCGUUUUUUCCGGCUUUUUGGUGAGUGCCGGGAGCAAGAUUGUGUGUACAAACACACCAACGAGGAUAUCAAAGAGUGUAACAUGUACAAGCUAGGUUUUUGUCCUAAUGGUCCUGACUGCCGAUAUAGGCAUGCAAAGCUCCCAGGACCUCCUCCUCCUGUGGAAGAAGUCCUGCAGAAGAUUCAGCAAUUAAGUGCUUACAAUUAUAACAACAAAUUUUAUCAACAGCGGAAUGCUGGCUUCCCCCAACAAACUGAAAAAUCUCAGAUUCCACAAGCACAAAACAAUGUAAACCAAGGAGCAGCUGGAAAACCUUCAGCAACUGAAUCUACUAACGUACAGCAGCAGCAGCUGCAGCAGCAGCAACAACAAAUUCAACAACCGCAACAACAGGUCAGCCAGACCCAGAUACAAAAUGUCCCCAAUGGUCAGUCUAACCAGGCAAACAGAACUGCUAUACCUUUGCCUCAAGGAAUAUCUAGGUAUUUUAUUGUUAAAAGUUGCAACCGUGAAAAUCUGGAACUAUCUGUUCAACAAGGAGUAUGGGCAACUCAAAGAAGCAAUGAGGCUAAACUGAAUGAAGCUUUUGAUUCUGCUGAAAAUGUGAUUUUGGUCUUCUCCGUUAACCGUACACGGCAUUUCCAGGGUUGUGCCAAAAUGACAUCCAAAAUUGGUGGAUCUGUUGCUGGAGGCAACUGGAAAUACGCUCAUGGAACUGCACAUUAUGGACGUAAUUUCUCGGUAAAAUGGUUAAAGUUAUGUGAGCUGUCUUUCCACAAAACUCGGCAUUUGAGGAACCCCUACAAUGAGAACUUACCAGUAAAGAUAAGUAGAGAUUGCCAGGAGUUAGAGCCUUCUGUUGGUGAGCAGUUGGCCUCCUUGCUUUAUCUUGAGCCAGAUAGUGAGCUUAUGGCAAUUUCACUGGCAGCAGAAUCAAAAAGAGAAGAAGAGAAAGCAAAGGGAGUCAAUUCAGAUAAUGCAGAGAACCCUGACAUUGUUCCAUUUGAGGACAAUGAAGAAGAGGAAGAGGAAGAAAGUGAGGAGGAGGAUGAAAGCUUUGGUGCUGCAGCUCAGGGCAGAGGAAGAGGCAGAGGAAUCAUGUGGCCCCCUCACAUGCCACUAGCCCGUGGUGCCAGACCCAUGCCUGGAAUGCGAGGUUUUCCACCGAUGAUGAUGGGUGGUGAUGGCUUUUCUUACGGACCAGUUACACCUGAUGGUUUUGGGAUGCCAGAUCUUUUUGGUGCUCCUCGUCCUUUUGCACCGUAUGGACCCAGGUUUUCUGGAGAUUUUACGGGUCCUGCAUCUGGCAUGAUGUUUCCAGGGCGACCUCCACAGCCUGGGGGAAUGUUUCCAUCUGGUGGAAUCGGGAUGAUGAUGGGUCCAGGGCGUGCACCAUUUAUGGGGGGUAUGGGGCCCACAGGUGCUAAUCCUGCUCGAGGUGGCCGGCCUGUUGGCAUGCCUCCGAUGUUUCCCCUACCUCCAGCACCUGCCUCUCAGAACUCUGGCCGGGCUAUUAAAAGAGAUCAGAGGACACCAACCAAUGACAGAUCUAGUGCAGGAUCAGAGCAGGGUAGAGGUCAGGAAAUGGGUGGUCCAGGGGGUGGGUUGGAAGAUGGGACACAGUAUCAGCAAGAAGGACAAAAGGCUCACCAUGAAGAUCAGUUUGCUGCAGGAAACAGCUUCAGAAAUGAUGACAGUGAAAGUGAGGAUGAGGCACCCAGGAGGUCAAGGCAUGGGGAAGGGAAGAAGAAACGGAGAGGCUUGGAAGGAGAUGUUGCCACUGCUUCUGAUCACUAGAUGCAAUGCUUACAGUUCGGAGGAUGUUAGAAUCGCUGCCUUGCUCUCAACCACGUUGUCUUGCAUGCCAUUGUUGAACAUUUUUAAGCAACUGACUUUGCAUAUGUAGAUGGUUUCAUCUCACAAUUGACAUAUCGGAGAGCUGCAGAAAAACCUAGGUUUAGAUUAUGUUUUGGUGCAUUAGUUUUGCUCCAAACUGUGGAACUAUAUUGUUUAUUGUGUAUGAUCAUGCACCAGAUCACGAGAAGGGUGAAUAUAUAUUGUCAAGAAAGGUAUUUAGCCUACAUGCUAUAUCUUAUGUAAGAUUUCAUGUUGGAAGGGUUAGGACGUCGAAGUAAAGGAAAAAGAAAAGGCUUUUCAUUGGAGUUGGAUGCAUGAUAUUUAAUGUUUCAUGAUUUAUACCCAUUUCAGCUUCCUUUUGUUCUUA